AUGACGAAUUCUCCAACAGUUCUUGUAUCUGGCGGCACUGGCUUCGUUGGCUCGGCCAUAGUGCGAGCUCUUACAGAAAAGCAUCCGGACUUUAUCAUCGCCAUCAUCGACCAAAAUCCCCCACGGCCCGAGCACGUCCUGCCAGAGAAGACGCGGUAUAUGCGGGUGGACUUAACUUCUGUUGAGGCUUUGAACAAAGCCUUUGAGGCCAUCAACCCAGAUGUAGUUGUCCACGCUGCUGGGAUGAUUCCAGGCCUAGCUGAGCGGUGGAGUCGCCGACUAGAACCAGAGGUGUGGAAGAUCAACUUUGAGGGCACACGGAAUAUGCUGGAGGCAUCUCAGCGGAGUGGGGUUAAAGCUUUCAUAUACACAAGCACUUGUUGCGUGGUGAUUGACGAUACAACAACCCCUCACCCGAACAUCAAUGAAGAAUGGCCUCCGUCGCCCCGGUCGACUAUAUAUGGGCAGUCAAAGGCUGCUGCCGAAACACUCGUACUCAGGGCUUCGAGUAGCACAAUGGCGACGUGUGCCCUCCGGCCAUCGGUGCUUUGCGGACCAGGUGAUUGCCAACUGUUACCGUCUAUUCACUCAUGCAUCGUCGAACACAAAACCGGAUUUGUGAUUGGCAACGGCUUCAACUUGUGGGAUAUCACCUACGUGGGCAAUGCCGCGGAUGCCCACGUCCUUGCCAUAGAGAAUUUGUUAUCAUGCCGCACAGCUGCUGGUAGUGUCUUUUUCAUACAGAACAACGAACCUAUUGCCUUUCGAGACUUUUGCCUGGCGGUCUGGGCACACUUUGGACACAUCCCGUCUUUCGAGGUCCGUAUUCCAGAGUGUAUGGCCUACUUCGUGGGGCUGGCGUGUGAAGCGGUCACCUGGGUGACGGGAACGACGACCACACUAAGCCGUGGCAGUGUCCGAGAUGCAUGUGCCAUUCGAUAUGCUAGUGGUAAUAAAGCUAAGGAGGUUUUGGGGUACGAGGCUCGCAUCGGUAUCGAAGAAGCUAUCCGUUUGAGUUGCGACGUAAGCAGACAUCAGUCUCCCCAAAUUCUUCUUGGCAUACUCACCCAAGAAACCAGGACUAUGCUUCUCGCCAAGGGAUAA